AUGCCACAUCAAGACGGUAAAGAAGACUUGAGGGAAGCAGAGACCAAGGAGCUCGUCCCUCAAACGUCGAUCGGAACUACCCAGAAUGAGCCCGUGCUGGGAGAGGAGGAGAAGCCCACACCUGAAGCGAAAGCGGAAAGUUCAAAGGAAGAAAAGCCAGACGACAUUCAGUAUCGCAACACGCUGCAGACCAAUCUUUUGGCCAUUGGACUGUGUUUGGGAAUGUUCGUCGUGGCCUUGGAUAACACCGUGAUUGCCAUCGCAAUCCCAAAGAUAACCACGGAUUUCCACUCGCUAGACAACACCGGCUGGUACGGUUCAGCCUACAUGCUCACCAACUGCGCCCUGCAGCCCAUGUUUGGCAAAGUUUACACUCAUUUCAAUGUCAAGUGGACAUAUCUAUGCUCCUUGCUAGUCUUUGAGCUCGGAUCGGUCUUGUGUGCUGCAGCGACAAACCCGGCAAUGCUGAGCGCCGGGCGGGCCGUGGCCGGUGCCGGUGCCGCGGCUCUUUUCAACGGAGCCAUGAACAUCAUUAGCUACAGCGUCCCUCUGAGAAAGCGUUCCAUUUAUAUCGGACUCCUGGCGGGCAUGUACAGUAUCGCUUCUGUCGUGGGUCCGAUCCUGGGUGGUGCUUUGACCGAGUACGUCACUUGGCGGUGGUGCUUCUGCCUCCCGGUUGGCGGAGUUACCGCAUUAAGCGUGGUGCUCAUCUUUUCCAGCCCUGCCAAAAAAGCAGCCAAGUUGACAUUCCGGGAGAGGAUGGGCAAACUUGACCUGGUCGGCACAGUGCUGUUCAUUAGCUCCAUUGUAUGCCUGCUCUUGGCAUUACAGUGGGGAGGGACCACCUACUCUUGGAGCGACUCUAGAGUCUGGGGUUGUUUCCUCGGCUUUGCACUAAUCGGCAUGGUAUUCGUCUGGCUUCAGCUCCGGAUAGGUGACGAUGCCACAAUUCCGCCUUGCAUCAUCAAGCAGCGGACGAUGUGGUCUAUACUCUGCUUCGAACUGCUGCUGGCCGUUGGCCUCUAUCUGCUGGUGUACUAUCUGCCCUUUUACUUCCAAGCAGUCCGACUUCUCUCCGCUCAAGGCUCGGGAAUCCGAAUGAUCCCGCUUCUCGUCUCCGUCACCAUCGCCUCCAUCGUGAGCGGCGGCUUGACCACCGCCACCGGCCACUACGUUCCCCUGCUCCACGUGAGCGCCGUCAUGUUCACCGUCGCGGCCGGCCUCUGCUGUACCCUCAAGGUGGAUUCGUAUGCGGGCGAAUGGGUCGGAUACCAGCUGCUCGCGGGUAUCGGAGUCGGGCUGUCCCUCCAGGUCGGCUACGUGGCGGCCCAGGUGGUCCUCCCACAGGAGCAGCAGGCCUCGGGAGUCGCUCUCGUCUCGUUCUGCGCCUCCUUGGGAGGCGCCCUGGCUGUGUCGUUGGGGAACAACGUCUUCUUGAACGCCUUGACGGAUGAGCUGCGGAGCCGGAUUCCCGAUCCGGAUGUCAUAGACGCAAUUAUACGGGCUGGCGCGUCCAACGUCGCGUCGGCAACUCCGCCCUCGCUGUUGCCCGACGUUGUUCUCAGUUACAACGGGGCCAUCACGAGGGCUUUCAUCGUCGCGAUUCCCAUGGGAGCUGCGUCCUUGUUCUUUUGUCUCUUUACCGAGUGGAGAAAGAUUGAUACCAAGAAGCCGAGUGACGAGGGACCAUCGAAGGACUCGAAGGCGACAGUGUGA